CCACCAAGCCUCUUCGACAAGCUCGGCUGUCGAGCACCUCGCGUGCACCGCGAUGCCGCCCACCAAGGCGCGCCGCCGCCGGCAGAGGCGCGGACCCAGGCGCGCCACUCGGUCCCAGCGCAGCUUGUGGAAGACACCGUCGGCGAGAUCCUCCUCCGGCUCCCACCCGACGACCCCGCGAGCCUCGUCCGCGCCUCCGCCGUCUGCAAGACCUGGCGCCGCGCCCUCGCCGACCCCUCCUUCCCUGCCCGCUACCGCGCGUUCCACCGGACGCCUCCCGUGCUCGGCGCCUUCUGGGGGGACGCGGUCUUCGUCCCCACCGCGUCGUUCCGCCCACCUGCCGCCGACCACAGCGGCUGCAAUGUGCUCGACUGCCACCACGCCCGCGUGCUCCUCGAGAACCUCGGCUCCGGGGGCCUCUCCGUUUGGGACCCUAUCACUGGCGACCUGCGCCGCCUCCCGGAGGCGCCCGACACCUUCUCGCUCGUCUGCAAUGGCGCGGUGCUCUGCGCCGCGACCGCCCGCUGCGAGUGCGACCACCUCGCCUGCCACGGGGGUGCCUUCCUCGUGGCCAGGAGCGGAUCCACAUGGGGGGCUAGAGGGAUUAAGCACCCAACCUCCCUAAUAUCCAUGGAUACCCCCGUAAGCCCCCUUUUUAUUAUUUGGAUGAAACAAUGA